CGGCCGGCUGGCUUGAACGUGCCCGUACGUCGCGGUCCAUCAUUCGCUCGCCCGGCCGAUUGACUUCCGGGCAACGUACGUAUGUAUGUAGGGCAGCACGUGGCCGGCGCAGGCUUCUGGCGGGCCGUCGCCACGUGAAGCGCACACUGGGCUUCGGGCCAGCGCCGCAAGCCGCGCGCGCGCGACCACGUGCGCCCGGGGUCCCGGGGUCCCGGUGAGGUCGACCGCGAGCGUGCACAGGACGCUGCAGCAAAGCGUUGUGUGUGUGUGUGUGUGUGUGUGUGUGUGUGGUGGACGCGCGCCGCGCGCGGGGAUCAGAAUCGUCAACCGGGAUAGCGGCCGGCGGCGGCGCGUGCAAAAGCAAAGACGUCACGUACGUACGUACUUAUCCGGCGGAGCUUGAGCUAGACGCGCAGGCGAUUCGUGGCCGCUACGCCUCUGCAGAUAUCGAUCCUGCGAAUCUGCGGUAGAUCCUUUUGAUCUGUGGACGAAUUUCACCGCUGCGCAUGUAGCCGUCACACGUUUUUACUUCAUUCGUUGCAAUUUAAAUUUAAUUUUUUGAGGAUUAUUUACAAAUGUUACACCGGUACAGCUGCGUCUCGUGGUGCCCGCCCUUGCGCGCACCAACCGUGUGCUCUGCGGGCCGCCUUGAGCCACCGUGCCUGUAUGGGCUCCUGGAAGGAAUAAGUUUAACAGUAGUCCGUCAACUUUACAUCGAGUUUGUUUGACAUCCCUAAACCCAAUACCAUAAAUCUUCAGUCCUAAAUUAUACAAAACCGUGCAAUUUAGAUUUCAUGACGGUAUCGAUAUCUGGUUUCGCUGACGUGUCAUCCUAGUCAACAAAAUAAAAUAUUUAAAAAUGAGGAGCUCACGUGUCAGCCUUUCUUUCUUCUCUUUUCUUCCACGGCACGCAGACCAAGCGCAACGAGGAGGAGGUCAAUGAUGUCGUCCUCGGCAUCGGGGAAGCGGGCUAGGGAGGCCAGUGGCGGCAGGCAAGCGCGGAAACAGCAAUAGCUCGCCGUUAGCAGCACCAGCCGGCCACCGCUACCGUCCCCCAUCUCCCGCCGCCCGCCUCUCCCUCUCCCACCCUCUCCACAUGCCGCACCGGCGGGAAAUGGGGGGAGAAGCGGGAGGCAGUGGGUAGAGCGACGGCGGAGGAGGAGGGGGAGCGCUAUUUCCGGCCAGCGAGCUGGGUUGGUGUUGCCGAAGUUGGGUCGCGAUGAGGCGCCAAUAGCAUUAGCCGGACGCCGGCCGCCACUCCUCCUUCCUCCACCCCCCUUCUCUUGCCAGCGUGACGCGUGGAGAGGGUCUCUCCCACCAGAGAGGCAGCCCCCUCUCUUCCAUCUCUCGCUGGCGGGGCAGACCCCCUCUCGCCCCCUUUCCCUCUUAGGCGCCGGCACGGCACCACCACCAUCAUCGUCCUCGCCGGAUCCCUCCACCGCCGCGCCUAGUCCCUCCUCUGCGCUGGCACCCACCCCACCACGGCCGCCGACGCCCUCCACCUGCAAAAAUGAACCAUCAUCACCAACAGAAGCAGGAGUCAUCUACCAAUGUCGCUGGCGGCGUGCACGCGAAGAGCCUUUUGUUGUUGCUUCGUGCUAGGUUUCGUCUGCUUGCCGACCUGACGAGUGGCGCCAUCACCACGAAGAGCCUGCGGCGAAGCGCGGCGAGUGUGCUGGGGUUGGGGGGCGGCGCUGUCGGUGGCGAGAUUACGGUGGAGGAGACGACAGCCAUGGUGCAAGAAGGCGACCAGGACAGCGACAACGCGUUGAGCAAGGUGGAGUUCUACGUGCUGAUGGUGCGGCUCAGCCCUGGUAUCAUGGGCGACACUGAGGGCUGGCACGACGAGGCCAUCGCCAACAAGCUCCUCCACUCGACGCUGCCAGUCUAGAUCGUCCCACGGGAAAGGGGGAAUACGAUGCCGAUUGGCCCCGCUGCCCCCCACCUCUAAGAUGAUGGGGCUGACAGGUGGGCCCCACAUUUUUUUCUUCUCACACUUACAUGUGGGACCCAUAUAUUAUUUUUAUUUUUUAUUUUCUGACUAGAAUGCCACGUCAGCGAAACCAAACAUCUAUAGUGCCAUGGGACCUAAAUUGUACGUUUUAUAUAGUUUAGGGGUGAAAAUUUCUGAUAUUGAGGAUAAGGAAUGUCAAACAAACUCGGUGUAAAGUUGA